AUGAGUAGCCAGCAUCAGUACAUGAGUGUUAGCAACACGACAAGUACACGAGUUGGCGACAUUGAACACAUCAGCCACCUGUCUGAACACAUUGGAUCUCUAUGCCUGUCUUCGGAGUACUCUGACGUGACAUUAAUAGUGGAGGGGCAGCGGAUACCUGCGCACAAGGUUAUUUUGGCUGCAAGCAGCGACUACUUCAGGGCAUUGCUGUAUGGUGGAAUGAGGGAAGCUAACCAGGCUGAAGUGGAAUUACAAGCACCCAUUAAUGCAUUCAAAGCGCUCCUACGAUAUGUAUACUCAGGUCACAUGGGCUUGUCCCUACUGCGCGAAGACACAGUGCUGGACAUGCUAGGCCUGGCGCACCAGUUCAAUUUCCAGGAAUUGGAAGCGGCAAUAUCAGAUUAUCUGCGCCAAGUGCUAGCUCUCAGGAACGUGUGUGCUGUACUAGAUGCUGCCAGGUUGUACGGCCUAAAGGCGUUAAUGGACUAUUGCUACAACUUCCUGGAUAAGAAUGCAAUUGAAGUGUUGCAGCACGACUCGUUCCUGCAGCUCUCUGUUGAAGCUUUGCAAGGACUUCUGGAGCGUGACUCGUUUUUCGCGCCCGAGGCGGACAUUUUUAAGGCGGUUUGCAGCUGGUUCAACGCCAACCAGAUAUGGGUCAAGUCUGAGGGAGGGCAGGAUCAGGUUGAGAAGAUCUUAAAAUGCGUACGUCUCACCCUGAUGAGUCUGGAGGAACUGCUGACGGUGGUCCGGCCCUUCACCCUGGUGACUCCAGAUAUGUUGCUGGACGCUAUACAAGAGAAGACACAGACCAAGAGCACUGCGUUAAGGCACCGGGGAUUACUGCUGCCGGAAGAGAACGUGGCGACACCAGCGCGCGGUGCUCGCGUGAUCUCGGGGGACAUCCGCUCGGCGCUGCUGGACGGCGACACGGAGAACUACGACAUGGAGCGCGGCUACACGCGCCACACCAUCAAGGACUCGCCCGACAACCCCGGCAUCGUCGUGCGGCUCGCCACCCCCACCAUCAUCAACCACGUGCGCCUGCUGCUCUGGGACCGGGACAACAGGUCCUACGCAUAUUAUAUCGAAGUGUCAGUUGACCAAAAGGACUGGGUGCGUGUGAUCGAACACAGCGACUACUUCUGUCGGUCCUGGCAGAACCUCUACUUCGAGUCCAGGGUCGUCCAGUACAUCAAACUCGUCGGCACUAGUAAUACUGUUAAUAAGGUGUUCCACGCGGUGGCGCUGGAGGCGCUGCACACGGCGCGCGUGCCGCCGCUGCGCAACGGCCUCAUCGAGCCCGUGCACAACGUCGCCACGCUCGACCUCUCCGCCGUCGUCAUCGAGGGCAUCUGUCGGUCCCGCAACGCUCUCCUGAACGGCGACACGAGCCACUACGACUGGGACCAGGGCUACACGUGCCACCAGCUCGGCUCGGGCGCCAUCGUGGUGCAGCUGGCGCAGCCCUACUUGCUCGGCUCCAUCCGCAUGCUGCUGUGGGACUGCGACUACCGCCACUACUCCUACUACGUAGAAACCUCGCUCAACUACUGGGAUUGGGAGAUGGUCUGCGACAGGACUAGGGAGGCUUGCAGGUCAUGGCAGGUGAUCUACUUCAAGCCUCGGCCGGUUUCCAUCAUCCGCAUCGUUGGCACAAACAACUCUGUUAAUGAGGUAUUCCAUUUAGUGCACCUGGAGUGUCCUGCACAGGUGGAGGAGCCACGGGAGGACCCUGCUGCCAAAAAACAGCGACCCUCAAUUGAGAACCGACUCAACCCUAGCGGUUCUAGUUCGACGGAUAGUUCCGGAUGCGCUCCAUCCCCUCCAGCGUUGGAGGGAGCUUCUGCCCCGCCCAGUCCUGGACCUGGAGCCGGAGCCGCUCCCGUCCCCGGCCCUAGUCCCGGUCCGGCCGCACCCGAAAUGCUACCCGCCGAGACCGCUACUGAAGCCGAGGAGCGGUACGACGCUUGA